AGGAGAGAGCAAACAGAGACCCCCUUCCUUAUCAGUACCGGAAGCCCACCCUGGAACUGCUUGACCUCCGUACCAUGGAGGAGACCCCCGAGAUCAAGGUGGAGGCGGGCAGCCCCACAGUAUCCCGGAUGCAGAGUUACAUGGCUGCCGGUGGGAAGAGGAUCAGCAGAGCCCUCAGCUACAUCACAGGCGAGAUGAAGGAGUGCGGAGAGGGCCUGAAAGACAAGUCGCCGGUGUUCCAGUUUCUGGACUGGGUCCUCCGAGGCACGUCCCAGGUCAUGUUUGUGAACAACCCCCUCAGCGGCGUCCUCAUCGUCCUGGGCCUCUUCAUCCAGAACCCCUGGUGGGCCAUCUCAGGCUGCCUGGGGACCAUUGUCUCCACGCUGACAGCUCUCAUCCUCAGUCAGGACAAAUCGGCCAUCGCCGCAGGACUCCACGGGUACAACGGAGUGCUGGUGGGACUGCUGAUGGCCGUCUUCUCCGACAAAGGGGACUACUACUGGUGGCUUCUGCUCCCGGUCAUCGUGAUGUCCAUGUCCUGCCCCAUCCUCUCCAGCGCCCUGGGCACCAUCUUCAGCAAGUGGGACCUCCCGGUCUUCACGCUGCCCUUCAACAUCGCAGUGACCCUGUACCUGGCAGCCACCGGCCACUACAACCUCUUCUUCCCCACGGCACUGCUGCAGCCUGCAUCCUCGGUGCCCAACAUCACCUGGUCGGAUGUCCAAGUGCCGCUGCUCUUGCGAGCCAUCCCCGUUGGAAUCGGCCAGGUGUACGGAUGCGACAACCCCUGGACCGGGGGCAUUUUCCUCUUUGCUUUGUUCAUUUCCUCGCCUCUUGUCUGCUUACACGCAGCCAUUGGAUCCACCGUGGGCGUGCUGGCAGCUCUCACCAUCGCCACACCCUUCAACUCCAUCUACUUCGGCCUGUGUGGCUUCAACAGCACCCUGGCCUGCAUUGCCAUCGGAGGCAUGUUCUACGUCAUUACCUGGCAGACGCACCUCCUCGCCAUUGCCUGCGCACUGUUUGCAGCCUACCUGGGGGCUGCCCUGGCGAACAUGCUGUCCGUGUUUGGAUUACCACCCUGCACCUGGCCCUUCUGCCUCUCAGCGCUCACCUUCCUGCUGCUGACGACCAACAACCCUGCCAUCUACAAGCUCCCCCUCAGCAAAGUCACCUACCCCGAAGCCAACCGCAUCUACUACCUGUCCCAAGAGAGAAACCGAAGGGCGUCUACCAUAACCAAGUACCAGGCCUACGACGUCUCCUAAAUUGCCUCUUCCAAAACGGGGCCACUCCGCCUCCCACGGACUGGCUGGGCCCCCAGGCUGAAGCCACUAGGACUUCCUUUCUGCCUGCUCUGUGAUUCUCCCCGCAAGCGAGCCUACACCCCCAGGGACUUCCAACCACAGGGAAGAGGUGGAUCCCCACUGGGGAGCCUCUCUGUUCUAAGAUGCAUAACACCUAUGAAGGAUAUGGUUAGUUUCGACUUUAGACCCAAAGCCACGCCGAAAGAGCUCCCUUUGAGGGCGACUUGCCUUCUGAAAAUUAAGCCCCAUCCCCAAAGAGAAGGCACUGGGACAGGGGCAGAGAUUAAGGAUGGUAUUCGUUUGUUGGGAAGCUCAGAGCUGGGGAACAGGCUGGC